UGACAGUGGGCGCGCCGUAGUGGGCUGUGGACUUCCACGUCCUCUUUUGGUCCUCUUCGCCAGCUCCUCUUUUGGAUAUCUAGCUGCUCACGGACCGCACCAUGACACUGGAAGAAGUCCGCGGCCAGGACACGGUUCCUGAAAGCACAGCCAGGAUGCAGGGUGCCGGGAAAGCGCUGCACGAGUUGCUGCUGUCGGCCCAGCGCCAGGGCUGCCUGACCGCCGGAGUCUACGAGUCAGCCAAAGUCCUGAACGUGGACCCUGACAACGUAACGUUUUGCGUGCUGGCUGCCGACGAGGAGGAUGAAGGCGACAUCGCGCUGCAGAUUCAUUUCACGCUGAUCCAGGCAUUCUGUUGUGAAAACGACAUCGAUAUCGUGCGUGUGGGCGACGUGCAGAGACUGGCGGCCAUCGUGGGCUCUGGGGAUGAGGCAGGCACUCCAGGAGACCUUCACUGCAUCCUCAUCUCGAACCCCAAUGAGGAUGCAUGGAAGGACCCCGCCUUGGAGAAGCUCAGUCUGUUCUGCGAAGAGAGCCGCAGUGUCAAUGACUGGGUGCCCAGUAUCACCCUCCCCGAGUGACAGUCCCGCGGAGGUCUUUGGUCUAAUCGUUGUGGAGAUGCCCCGGGGCGCCUAGCGCGGGGCUGGCUCUGCAGACGCGCCCUCGGAGGGCGCCGGAGUUCGGCGUGGAGACUGGCAGGCGGGGGCACGUGGAGACCGGCGAGGAGGCGAGGCUUCCUCCAAAGAGGCGGCCCAGCGGCAGGGGCAGGCUGGCCCCUAGCCAAGGACUCUACAUGUGUGGGGAGCGGCUGCUUGCCCAGUAAGGCCAGAGGCUGGACGUUGGCCGCAAUGCUGGGAAGGAUGGACUGACCUGGUAGGCGUGACUCAGCAGCCUGCGCUGUGGGCAGGAAGCUGGGGAAAGGCGAGGCCAGGAGGCCUGGACUUGCACAGUUACUGGAGCUCUGACGGACCUAGCAGUCUGCACUACUGCUUCAAAACGGAUCUGGGCGAUGGUUCAUUUUCCAAAGGAUUAUGCUGCUGCAGCUUUGAAUUUUACAAUAAACUUACUGAAACAAA